GCAGAGAGACUUCCCAUCUCAGCCGUGCACUUUCUGCUCUCCAUGUCCCUGCGCUCAGUGUCUCUGCAGCGCUGCCAUGGACUCAGACACCACUCUCACUGAUAAACAACUUUCAGUGUGUUUCUAAUGUUUCUAAUGUUCGCAGUCAGGACGGCUCAGGGACGAAGCAGGGGGGACAGAGAGGAGAGUAUUAGCAGCUCGGCUGGAAAGUUACGAGGACUUCUGUGAAGCACCGGGACGGAUCCAACCAGCCCGACACCAGCUCUGUUUUUGGGAUCCCGGUUGGGGGUCGGUCACCUGCUGGCUUAGUCACAUCACCAUGGAAACGGUCAUCAGCAGCCCUGAAACGCAAAACCAGUCGACAGUGUUCAUCGCAAUCUUCAACUCAAGCUGUCGCUUUGAUGAGGAGUUCAAAUACAUCCUGCUGCCUGUGUCCUACAGUGUGGUGUUCGUGUUUGGCUUCAUGCUCAACGCUACCGCUUUGUGGUUGUUCCUGAAGAUGCGUCCGUGGAACCCCAGCACGGUGUUCAUGUUCCACCUCGCACUGUCCGACUUCCUGUACGUCCUCUCCCUGCCCACCCUCAUCUAUUACUACGCCAACCGCAGUCACUGGCCCUUUGGAGUGGCUGCCUGCAAAAUAGUGCGCUUCCUCUUCUACGCCAACCUCUACUGCAGCAUCCUCUUACUCACCUGCAUCAGCGUGCACCGCUACCUGGGCAUCUGCCAUCCAAUCAAGGCGCUGACCUUGGUGAAGUCCCGCCAUGCCCACCUGGUGUGCGGCAUGGUGUGGGCUGUGGUGAGCGUGUGCCUGGUGCCUAACCUCAUCUUCGUCACCACCUCCAGGAGGGACAAUGACACCCUGUGCCAUGACACAACCAGCCAGGAGUUCUUCGAGGAGUACGUGGACUACAGCUCUGUCGUCAUGGUGCUCCUAUUCGGCGUCCCGUUCCUGGUUAUCGUGGUGUGUUACUGCUUGAUGGCGCGGGCACUGUGCCGGCCAAGACGGGGAUUAUCUGCCAGCAAGCAGAGCGCCGCCUCACAUCAGAAGUCCAUCAAGCUCAUCAUCGUGGUGUUGGUGGUGUUUGCAGUGAGCUUCGUCCCGUUUCACAUCACGCGGACGCUUUACUACACGUCCCGUGUGUUAAAUCUUCACUGUGAGUUCCUCAACAUUGUCAACUUUACUUACAAGAUCACGAGGCCGCUGGCGAGCAUCAACAGCUGUAUUGACCCAAUUCUGUAUUUCCUGGCCGGGGAUCACUACCGGUCCAAGAUGAUGUCUGUACUGACAGGAAACAGACAGAUGACAAGCAGUCAAAUACCUGAGCAGCCACAAACACAGCCGAACAAUAAACAAGGCAUCGCUCUGCACUAUAAGAACCCAGCCCUUAAUGCCAGUGGAGAUUUGGAGAGAUAGUGGGAAAAUGUAAAGUAUUAAACAUGUAUUAAAUAUUAUGUAUUAAGUAUUCCUGUUAUUGCACUGAGAGGUUUGGAAGAGAAGCAGUUUACUGUAACAUUAACUUACAGUAUUUACCUUCACUCCAUCUAACUUCUGUAAUAAUGACUGUGUUUAACAGACUGUGUUUCAGCUCCCCUCACUUUCUUGAGGUUAUUAUGUUUGUAAAAUGAAGUUAAGUCAGUAAAAAAUAAUCUGUACCCUUUCCUCAGCAUACAGUCUCCUACCACAAAUGGAUUAUUACACCAAACUCAAGUUAUGAUUGACAGUGUUUGUGCUGCUGUACACUGUUCCUCUUUGUGGGGAAAGAUGUUGCGCAUGCAGAAGAAAAGUUUUACUAUGAAAUUACAGGAAGAGAAACUGAAACAUUUCGUUAUGAGAGUUUGACACCAGUGGUCACAGGUGAACUAAAGAGAAGUUCAUCCCAUAAUCAAAAAUACAUAUUUUUCCUCUUACUUGUAGUGCUGUUUAUCAGUGCAGUUUGUUUUGCUGUGAGUUGCAGAGUGUUGGAGAUAAGGGACAUAGACAUGUCUGCCUUCUCUCUAAUAUAAUGGAAGUAGCAGCUAGUUCUCAUUCCUAGGGCAUCAAAUGUGACAUCCAUACUGAAAGCAGCCUUCGGCAUUAAUAUGAGAUGCAGCGGCCAGUGUAAACCCAUCCAUGGCAAUAGUUAAGAGCAACUGAUGUAGUAUAAACAGUGAUCCCAUGGUCAUGGAAAACCUGGACAAGUCAUGAUUUUGUGAAGUUUAUUGUUACAGUAAUCAUCUGGGGAUAACCUCUCGCAUAAUGUAACAUAAUGACUUUUAUUUUGCGCAAGUUAGCCGUUGACAUAACGUAGCUCUAAUAUGCGUCAGCUUAGGGCUGCAUGAUAUAUCCUUACAGCAUUGACAUUGGAUGUGCAAUGUCAAGUGACCAAAGUAACCCAAAAAACUUACACAGUUCUCAUUUUCCAUGGCUUACACCAGUCAAACCCUCUGCUAUAAGUUGUUACAUGUACUGUAUGUGUGACAGUAUAAGUGUAUGUAUAACGGCGGCCUUUGUUAUGGGAAGCGACGCUCUUCUGCAUGCUUGUGUGUAGAAAAGUACCAUAACCAACCUGGCAAGUGCAGCAGACACAGUGAGGUACAUGUUUUUUUGAAAUACAAAUUUCAAUAUGGGUCUUUGAAAAGUCAUGAAAAGGUUUUGAAAUUGUGUCCAUGAAAAUGUGUGGGAACCCUGUAUAAAGACUGAUAAAGUCCAGGCAGGGUGGAGGGUGAAGGGGAGGUGGAUGGCUCAAACAAAACCGGACCCUCACCCGGGGCAACCAGA